AUGGAGCUCAGCGUCCUCCUCCUCCUUGCUCUCGUCACAGGACUCGUGAUUCUCCUGGCCAGGGGCCACCCAAAGGCACGUGGCCACCUUCCGCCAGGCCCCCGUCCCCUGCCCUUCUUCGGGAACCUUCUGCAGAUGGACAGAGGAGGCCUACUCAAAUCCUUCCAGAGGCUCCGAGACAAAUACGGGGAUGUCUUCACCGUGUACCUGGGGCCCAGGCCUGUGGUCAUACUAUAUGGGACAGAGGCCAUCCGGGAGGCCCUGGUGGACCAAGCUGAGGCCUUCUCCGGCCGGGGGAAAAUCGCUGUUGUUGAUCAAGUCUUUCAAGGAUAUGGUGUGGUGUUUGCCAACGGGGAACGUUGGAAGGCUCUUCGGCGAUUUUCUCUGGCCACCAUGAGGGACUUCGGGAUGGGCAAGCGGAGUGUGGAGGAGCGGAUUCAGGAGGAGGCACAGUGUCUGGUGGAGGAGCUUCGGAAAUCCCAGGGAGCCCUCCAGGACCCCACCUUAAUCUUUCACUCCAUCACUGCCAACAUCAUCUGCUCCAUUGUCUUUGGAAAACGCUUUGCCUACAGAGACCCUGAUUUUCUGAGGCUUCUGGACAUGUUCUACCAGUCGUUCGCACUCAUCAGCUCCUUCUCCAGCCAGGUGUUUGAGCUCUUCUCUGACUUCUUGAAGUACUUUCCUGGCACACACAGGCAAAUCUACAGAAACAUGCAGGAAGUCAAAGACUUCAUUGGCCACAGCGUGGAGAAGCACAGGGAGACCCUGGACCCCAACGCCCCCCGGGACUUCAUUGAUACCUACCUGCUCCGCAUGGACAAAGAGAAGUCCCACCCAAACAGCGAGUUCCACCACCAGAACCUCCUCAACACCGUGCUCUCUCUCUUCUUUGCUGGCACGGAGACCACCAGCACCACUCUCCGCUAUGGAUUCCUGCUAAUGCUCAAAUAUCCCCACAUCGCAGAGAAAGUCCACAAGGAGAUUGAUCAGGUGAUUGGCUCACAUCGCCCUCCAGCCCUUGAUGACCGGGCCAAAAUGCCAUACACUGAAGCAGUCAUCCACGAGAUUCAGAGAUUCGGAGACCUGAUCCCUAUUGGUGUGCCCCACGUGGUCAUCAAAGACACUAACUUCCGAGGGUACAUCAUCCCAAAGGACACUGAAGUAUAUCCCAUCCUGCACUCCGCUCUCUUUGACUCACGUUACUUUGACACACCAGACACCUUCAACCCUAACCACUUUCUGGAUGCCAAUGGGGCACUUACGAAGAAUGAAGCUUUUAUGCCCUUCUCCCUAGGGAAGCGCAUUUGUCUUGGCGAAGGUAUCGCCCGUGCGGAAUUAUUCCUCUUCUUCACCACCAUCCUCCAGAAUUUCUCCGUGGCCAGUCCCGUGGCCCCUGAGGACAUUGACCUCACACCCCGGGAGUGUGGAGUGGGCAAGCUGCCCCCAGUGUACCAGAUCCGAUUCCUGUCCCGCUGAGGACAGGAAGGAAGGAGAACAAAGGAUCCCAGGGUCAUGAAGUAUUCCCACCUCUGCAGGGAUGUUGCCUGACUCUACCCAUGUUCUGCAUCUGAGAGAUCUGCUACAAGCCAGUCUCCUCCUUCCUCCUUGGUUGCCACCUCCACGAGAAAGUCCAUUCUGCAGUCUGCCCCCUUCCAUCAUGCUGCAGCUCUUCCAAAGACCCAAGGAGGUGUUCUCCUUUCCUCUGUUAAUAGAAUUCCAGACGUGGUGUAUGUAUAGAAAUUGGAACACUCAGCUGAGGAUCUCUCCGCGGUUCUGCCCCGUAGGCCACUGCUUACCCUGAGUGACUUCUCCCUUCCUUAGAACAACCACAGCCUCCAUUUAACAACUCCUUGUGCUCCGUGAUCUGUACAUACAUGAUCUUGCUUGAAUACUAUUCCCAGUAGCCCCAUGUGGUGGGUACAAUAAUCAUGUCCAUUGUACAGAUGAGUAUGCAGAGGCGGGACAAUGGCAUCGGUUGUCUGAAGUCACAUGGUUAGUGAGUGCAGGCGCAAGAUUCACACUCAGUCUCUGUAGCUCUAGAACUCAAAUAUUUUAUCAAAGCUCCUCCCAUCCAUAUAUUUUUAAAUUAAUCUGAAACUCAGAGACAAAAAACAUCAGCUAUUUUUACUAGUGUAAUUUAGUGCUUUCUGGAUUUGCCUCUUCUACAUAAUUCCUAUAAGGAAAUCAUAUAUGUGGCCUUUUGUGAAUGACUUCUUUCUUUUUUUUAAUUUAAUAAAUCUUUA